AUGGCAGAAAAUACCGCAGAUGCGUCUUGCGACGUGGACGAUUCAUGAUGCGCAGGAAUAAACGCUGGAGACGUAUCAGGCGUCGACGACCAAAAACACUCCCAAAAAGAGUUAAUCGACGACGCUGGCUUCGACGUUACCGCAGACGUCGACGCGCUAUGUUACGUCGUAGACGUCAGCGUCGUCGCUUAAGGCGCAGACGACGUAUGAACCGUAGAAGACGACGUCGACUUCGUUUCCGUCUGAGAAGACGUCGUUUGAGGCGUCGGCUUUUACGAAGAAGGAGACGCUUGCGUCGUUUACGCAUUUACAGACGAUCGAGACCAAGAACUACGCGGUUAAGAAUCAAAUGGUUCAAGAGAUGGAGAAGAGUUGUACGUCGUGGGAGACGUUAUUAUAUAAUCUACAAACGCAAGUUCCUACGAGUCUUGUUCAAGAGAGCCAAACCAUACAUUCGUUACAAGAAGCGCUGGAUUCUAAGACCAAAAAAAUACUUUGGACUUCGCACAAGAAGAAGGAUUCGAUACAUUCGUGUAAAGAAAAACAAAUGGAAAGUCAAGUACCGACGAAAGACACGCAGAGUUAUCUUCCGUGGAGUCAGAACUCGCAUUCKUUAUGGACGACGAUAUAUCAGACUCGGAAAACGACGAAGACGAAGACGAAUAGUGCCACGAAUUCAAAUAUUACUGCUGAAGCGAUGGAGAAGACUUCGUCCAUACCACCGAUCAUGGAGAGUACGAGUMCAUCGAACAACCUUCAAAAUUAGAGUAACCAGGAAAAGUAUUGUCCAAAUCAAAAAAGGCAAAAAAUGGACUAAGGUUGGCGGACGAAUUCUAUUCAGAGUCAAGAAGCAUAGACGCACAUACGUCAUCACUCGCACGAAGAUCCAUAAGAAGUUUGUCUUUAUCACAAUCUACCGUAGACGUACAGUAAGAUUCAUCCUCGGACGAAACAAAGGCUAUUUCCGUAGCCUAAAAUCACGAAAAAGGUGGAGGAUCAAAAGACGAAGACGAUGGUUGAGACGCAUCUGGAGAGCUCGACGUAGAUUCCUAAGACUAAACCGCAAAGCCCGAAAAUUGAGACGUCGUGUACGUAGGCGAAGACGACGUAGCAGACGCCGUAGACGUAYUCGUCGUGUAAGACGUCGACGCAUUAGACGUCGUCGCCGUCGCUUUCCACGAAGAAGCCGCUUUAUUAAUACCAAGACUCAAGUUUACAUCGGGCGUCGGUGGCGUCCUAUUUAUUAUACACGAAGGCGUUAUGUUAUCUAUGUUAAAAGGAAAACACUGCUCGUUCGAUUUUUGAGAAGACGAAUCAGCUACCGAUACCGUAGGCGUUGGGUCAAGGUCAAUGUUCGACGCGUCAGGGUUGUGCGAGGAAGACRAAUCUAUCGCUGCAAARUAUUYAACAAACGGAUCACUGUACUCUACAAGAAACGUUACAGACCUCUUCGACUACUUAAAGGAAGACYUUWCCUAAAGAUCAGAAAUCAUUACAAACGAUUCAUAUCAUGGAGAAGAAUUAGGCGACGAAGAARGCGAUAUAUUGUCAGGCGAAGACGUCUUAAACGUACCAGGAGAAGAAACAGACGCCGUGUUCGUCGAGCACGCCGACGUAACCGUCGUCGCCGUCGUGUCCGUCGUCGCAUCAAAAGAGCAAGGCGCCGUACCACAAGAAGACGACGUCGUCGCUUUAGACGUCUCAGAUACAAACGUCCCACACUAUGCUUCCGUAGACCCGGUGGAUCAUGGCACACGCUGUUUAGACGUAACAAACGUCUCGUCACCCGUUACCACCAUAUCACAAGACGUGUAAUCAUUAAGAACAAGACCAUCAUUCUUAUCAGAMGAAUUGGAMGCCGUCUAAGKCGACGAGUUAUCAAAMAUGUCACUUACAGUGUCCGAUAUGGUCGUCACCGUGGUAUUGCUCUAGUUAAAGGAAAAAAAUGGACCGUACGAUUUGGACACAGACGAAUCGUUUACAAGAUAAACAGAUCUGGACUCAGAGUUAUUCGCAAAUUUGUAGUCAAAUUGAGACGAUUCAAGCGAAUAUGGAGAUUGUAUAAUAGAGGUCUCCGACGUCCUUUCAAGAGAAUAUACCGUCGAAGAAGAAGACGUGACCGACGACGUCUAGUGCGACGACGACGUCGUCAACGUAGACGUAUACGUCGUUAUCGUCGACGUAAACUCCGCAGAUAUCGCCGCAUUGUUCGACGUCGCAUCCGUCGCGUAAAAAGAAAUCGCAAAAAUAUCAGACGCCGACGCCUGAGACGAAACAGACGACGAUUUAGACGCUAUAGACAACGUCGAAAAAUUGGUGGAAGGAGCACAAGAAUUUCAGUGAAAAUUGGACGCCGCUUCAGAAGAAUCUUGUCGCGCAGAAACUGGUACUUCGUAUUGAUCAAAAAACGACCAAAGAGAGUUGUUAUUACUAAAAGAUCGGUUUUGGUCUUCAAAAGAACAAGAAGACACCCCACACGGGUUAGACGAAUAAGAAUCAGAUUCCGAAGACGUCUUUACAAGCUUUCACCCAAACCCCGUAACUGGAGAAUACGCUUCAGAUGGCAUAGACGUACCAAAGUACGCAGAAUCAUACUUCGCCGAGGACGUCCUCUCAUAAGAUUGGGCAAGAAACGUUACGUAUCAUUCCGUGGUAUCAAACGCCGAAAGCGUUUUGCUCGUCGCAUUGCCCGUCGUUACCGAAAGAUUAAACGUCAAAAGCGAAAAUAUCGAAGAAGCAGACGAAUAAUUCGCCGUCGCUUGCGCAGAAAGCGCAGACGCGUACGUCGCGUUCGUCGACGCCGUCGACUUAUUCGCCGAAGACGCGUUCGUCCUCGCAGAUKGCGUCGCCGCAAACGUAUUGGUGGUCGUCGCAUACGUCGAAUCAAGCCUCGUCGUCGUUAUCGCGUUAAACGUCGUUUCCGACUCAGAAAGAAACCAAUUUUCAACAUCAGAAUUGGACAACGUUGGUCAAGAAUCGUGCGUUCACGCAAGGGAUGGUUUUAUCGAAAGAGGCGAUUACGUAUCACCAGGAAAGGCGUUUUCUACAAAAAGGGACGUGUGUAUAGGAGAUUCAAGAAAUUCCGAGUCAGAGUUCGUUUCCCCGGAGAUCGAAAGUGGCGAAUCAUUGGGCGAAGCAAAAAAGGUCUUUUCAUCCCAAGAAACCGAAAUCCAAUCUUCUUCAAGCUUCGACGUGGUCUGUUCAAAUUCCACAAGGCCUUCCGUCGCAUCGGUAAACGAUUUCUACGUAAACGUUUUCUGCGAAAGAAAUAUAGGAGAGGAAGACGUGUUAUUCGCCGAAGAAGAAGACGGCGAAUUCGUCGUCGASGUCGUCGCCGGUAUCRAAACCKUCGUCGAUAUAUACGYCGCAGGCGCCGYAUURGACGCUUACGUCGUCGUAUCCGUAUUUCUCGUCGUCUCCUUCGCCGCCGCCGUCGUCGUUCCCGUGGACGUCGCAUUAUCCGCCGUACAGCUUUGCGAUAUCACGUCCGUUUUACCGUCUACUUCAAYAUUGUCCAUCGAUAUUAUUAUAGUAGAGUCUCAARACACAAGAAGAUUAUCUUCAAGAUCCAUGGAACUGUUAUCAAAAAGAGAMUCAGACCUCAUCUCUGGCGUAGAAUCAGCACCAAAGAAUUUGCUGUUCAAAUGAAGCCCAAGCGUUAUGCACGAUUGGUAAAACGUGGCCACCGCCUGGGAAUAAGAWWCAAWMAYCGAACASUCUCUGUGAAACUCAAACGCGGUGUUGUGAAAUGUUUCAUUARACGAAAAUGGAGGAGUGUACCGUCUAGAAGGAAUAUACGUCGUCGACGAAGAUACCRCAGAAKACGUCUAAGAAGAAGACGACGUMGACGAAGAAGRCGCCGCCGCAUUCGUCGCCGAARGAGAAAGAUUGUACGCCGACGACGUCGACGMCKCCGAAUAUAUAGACGUCGUCGAAUCUAYCGACGUCCAGGGAGAACGAUACGCGGAAUCAGAACCAACAUCAGGUUCUACAUCAGACAUCGCUGGGUCAACAUUCGAUACAACGUCAGACAUUAUUUCUACUACAGAAUCGUACGUAGGGGACGUGUCAUUCGYAGAGUUCCAAGAUACGUCUUGUUCAAGAAAAGAACUAUUUACAGGCGUUAUGGAAGACGUUGGAAGCCUGUCGCCGUCAACCGUUUUGCUACGCGCAUUGGUAUACGUCUGAAAAGAUUCGUAUAUACAAAGAAACGCAUAGUCCUAAAAUCCAGGAAGGGAAAACGUUAUCCUGUGAAGAUUCGACGAGGACAAUGUGUAAUAUAUCCUCCUCGUCGUCCACCAUUACCGCAAUAUCGGCGUCCACAAUUACCUCGUCGAGGGCGUCGAGGCCGACGUGUUCGCCGUGUUCACCGGCUUCGAGGUAUCAGACGAAUUCGUCGAAUACUCCGUAUCAGAAGGAUUCGUCGAAGACGUACUCGUCGUGGCAAGCGCGUUAUUGGUCGCCGCCUUGGUCAUCGUGGUCGCCGCAUUCGUCUCAUCAGACGUAUUCGUCGAAAAUUCCGAGCAAUUCGUGUCAAGCGCAAAUAUGGCAAGGGACUGAUAUACCCAAAACGUUUUAAACGCAUCCGUGUCAAGCCCAAAUAUGGCAUGGGUCUCAUAUAUCCAAAGCGAUUUAGACGACGUCGUGGCAAAGGUCUUCUUCGUCGUCCCAAACGUCGUCGUCUUCGUGGUGUCAGACGUAUACGUCGUAUCCUCCGUUUCAAACGUCGCCGAAGAAUCAGAUUGCGYAAGCGUCGUCCUGGCCGUCGUAUCCGUCGACAGUUUAGAAAGAGAGGACUGCAAAUUCGAUUCAAACGUCGUUGGAGACCAAUCCGCGUCUUCGGUAAGCGCUUACGAGUUCGGUUCGGAAAACGAUAUCUCAGACUCAAGCAGAGAGGCCGCAAAGUACUUWUUAAGUUCAAGAAGGUUUGGAAGCGUCUAAGAAGACCAAGAAUAAGAUUCUGGAGAAAGGGAUGGCGACGUGUAAAAACCAAGAGAUUUGGACGUAAGAGACGUUUCUUUGCUGUUUUCCGUGGCAAGCAGAGAAGAAUACGUAUUACUAGACGUGGUGUGAAGUUCUUCCGAAGAAAGAGAUGGAGACGCAUUUUCAUCARAAAACCGCACAAGAGACGUACCAACCGUUUGAUCCGCAGACUUAAACGUCGCACAAGAAGAGUUGUGAGAAGAAUAACGAGAAGAAUCAGAAGAAAGAUCAGACGAUCCAAAAGGCGUCCUCAUCGACGACUAAUCAAAUUUAGAAAGAUGCGCAGACCACGCAUCAUUCGAUGUGGAGUCAGAGUUCGUAUCGACCGUAAAUGGAGACCUGUGCUCCGCUAUAAGAAACACUUCUGGGUGAGAUACCACAAGCGAAGAACACGCAUCACUUUCCGCAAAACGAAGCUAAGAAUCUUCAUAAAUGGACGUUGGAGACGCCGCCCAUCCUAUCGCCGCAUUAAAGUUCUUAUCAACAACAUGUACCGAUACGUCAAGAAGACUACUCGUAAAGGCAUAAGGACGUGGAUCUCGAAAUGUUUUGGACGAAGAAGACGCAUUAAGCUCCGACGUGGUCGCCGAAUCAUGAAAACUAAAGCCACUUGGACUCGCAUAACGCGACAUGUGCGAAUGAGAGUCCGCAUUCAUGGAAAGCUUUACCCAGCAGUUCGUCGAGGCAGACAGUGGUACCUCAAAGACAAAAAGAGAUAUCUUCUUAUGAUCCUCCGUGGACGCGGACUUAGGAUUCACUAUAACAAGAAGUGGAAGAAGAUCCAAGGAAACUCUCUACAAGUUCGUUACGGCUYACAAUGGAGAACCGUAAAGACAUGCUGUAAGAUUCUCCGUCUUCGUGUAAGAGGUCGCUCCCGAAGAAUAAGCCUUAAGAAUGGUGGACUGAAGGUGAAAUUCGGAGGACGCCGUCUUCGAUUGGGGCAAAUUAGAAGAAGAAUUCGUCAUGCUCGCCGAAAAAGGAAGAAGUUACGUUUAAGAAGACGAAGAAGACGCCGAAGACGUCGUCCUGUUCUUAAACGUCGCAAACGACGUUUUGGAUUCUUACCACGAGUGUUUGGCAAAAAGAGCAAAGUUCCAAAAGCUGAUGCCAACGAACCAGUAACGCCCCACAACUAAACGCAAGAUUAAACACCUAUCUACAGAUAAUAAAGAAAUUGAGGAUCUGAUUAUAUAUUAAUAGAUGGAUGACCACAGCAAUGGAGUUGAUGGAAUUACUGCAUAAACCUCACUUACCAUAUAAUUUUUAAAAUCUUAUGUAAAAUUGAAAUACUUGUUCACACUUUUUAGCAUUGCUACUUCGCAGAAAUAUUCCCACGCACAGCCUUACAAAACUGUUUAUAGUUCAGUCAACUUCAUUGCUGUGCUUCUGUAGUUGUUGUUCUCUAAUGUAUUUUUUGAGAAGAUUAAUCUGAGUGAAAACAUUCACGAAGUAUGCUUAAAGCGAAAAUCGUURCAUUAUGACUUCUUCGUUUUGAAGUUAAUUUUGAUGGUUUUCUUUCCUUCAAUAUUAGCUUAGCACCCAAGUCGCCAAAAAACUCAAUCUUUUCGAUUUGCUUUGAACUUCGUAGUCGUAAUGCAGCGGUUUGUACUGUAGGUUUAGGCCUGCUGACGGAAUUUGGAUAAAGUGUGCAUCGRGUAGAGUUGUAAACACCCUGGACAUUGCAUGGGUUUUAUCCACCGGAGAAGGAUUUAUCUGCUGACAAGCGAUAUCAAGCUUUUUGUGCCACCGGCCCCUGCCCGUUUUGAGUAUUUUGACUUAGCAUCAAAAGUCUUCCAAAAAUACAGUUGGAAUUAAAAUUGUUUCCAUGGAAACGCAAUAGAUUCAAAAAGGCAUGUUUAUUAGUACACUUAAAACUACCUACAUUUCGAUUUCGUUGUAGUAUUUUCCCUUAGUAAUUUAUGACUUUUUACCCUUGAUUAAUUCCAUGAAUAAUUAGCUAUUAUCGCUUUACCUCUUUAUUAGUAACAUUCAUGAUUCUUUUUUCCAACUCACUAAUUUUGCCAAUAUUUAGAUCUAAUUACUUAGAAGUCUUUCACAUAAGAAAAUUUGUACUAUUAACUGCCUUUAAAAUAAAUCAUCUAGUAGCAUUAAAAA